AUGACGGCUUGCUAUGUGCUAAAGCCAGAACUCAAGGACGGAAACAAUGACGGUUGGUUGCAGAAAUGGAUGGAAGGCUCUGGCCUCAUGGCUCAUCGUGACUCAGAUGUGAAUAACAUCAAGACGAAACUUGAAUUCAAUGAUGAGAAUAGGAAACGGCUGAACGACAUCAUCGCUAACUAUACCGAGGGCUAA